GGCCCGGCCCAUUUCCACGCGUCUCCACGUCGCCUCCCCGUCUUGCACGCCGCGCCUCGCACGGCCGCCGCCGCCGCAGCCGCAUCGGGAUCUCCCUCCGGCCAACUCCCGCCACAGCCGCCGCCGCUCCCUUCCUCCCCUCCUUCCCUCCAACCCCGCGCGGAGGCCGCUUCUGUUCUCGCGAAGAUGCUGGGGUUCUCGACCGGCCAGCUGCUGGUCAUCCUCGGGGCCUGCUCCGUCAUGAUGAAGCCCAGCGACAUGGUGAAGAUUGCUAGGACGGCCGGGAGGAUGACCGGGAGGGCGGUCGGGCGGCUCAUCGUGGCGCGCCGGCAGCUGGACGAGAUCCUGGGGCAGUCUGCAGCCACCCAGGUUCAUAAGGAGCUUAAAGAUGCGAUGACCCAGCUGGACUCAAUUCGUUAUGAAGUUCAGAACCUGUCUAGAUUAACUCCUGGUCACUUCAACACGAGACAGCAGAACACUGGCAUGGCUGAAGCAGGGAAAUCUGUUGCCUCUGAUGUUUCUGUAGCUAAGCCAGAAGAAUUUCGUCAUGAAAUUCGAAGUAUAAUUCGUGAAGAAAUUGAAAGCUUCUGUAGAACACGACCUGAUUCCACUCAAAACUUCGCAAGCACAACUGAUGUUAGAAAAGUUGAUGUGGCUGAUGACCAUAUGUCACUUAAAUCCAAGGACAUGAAAAUUGCUGGUACAGGAUUGACAAAUCUACACAGCCAAGCAAUGACGUAUGCAAGGCUAUCAGAGGCCCCAGGACUUACGGCGGACUCUUCCUUGAGUGGAAACUAUCAAGAACAACUCCAGGAAAACAAUGGAUUGCUGAAUGUACUGCCAAUAUCUGCUGAAAGUGCUGGAUUACUUCCAAACCGCUCAGGUGGACCAACAAGCUCAGACCUAGUCCUUGAAGCUGUGCUUGAAGCAGAGGUCGCUGAGAAUGCCAAAUUUUUCGUCUCGCACCCACAUGAUCAGUUGCCUAAGGAGUGAUGGUGAUGAUGUGCUUGAAUUGGAAGUUGCAAACAGCACUAAACUCUCUGGCACUUAUGUACUAUGUAACACUUAGGUGGAACACUGAGUUGUUGACCAGUAUAGAUGGUUCAACACUCUAAUGGUAGGUCAAACCACAUGGACCCGCUUCAGAAACAGGGCAAAUAUGACGCCUUGUUGUUCAGCUCAAAGCCUUACCUUGGACGGUGGAAUUAAGUGUAGUUACUGCGCCGAAGUGGAUGAACUGGAAUGUUUUGGCUUCACCUGCAGCUCAUUUCUUCUGUCAUUGUAGAUAUUGUUGCUCAAGUUGACACUGUUUUGCUUUGUGUAGUGGUUCAUUUUUGUUUGAUCACUUCAGCAGCGCCAAAUAGUACACCUGGCGACAUAUGACUACGGGAUGUUAAAUUUAUUGUAAUCUGCACAAAUGGUUAUAGUACAAGUAAUGCUGCUCUUGGUUGGUUGCUUGUUUCAUGAUCA